UACUUUUUUUUUUAUAAAAUUCAACAUGUUUGAAUUUUAAUUCUCAAGGAAAUUCAGAUCAAAGCGAGCGAGAAACGACGCAGCAUCUUCCUCUUCCACAUAUGUAGAAAAAAAAAUAUAGAUAUUCUGAUACUUCAAGACGACGGCUUUUAGCUUAAGCUUCUGCUACAAGUGCUUUUCUCGAAAGCCCAAAUGCAUUCUUCUUCGUUUCCUCUUCACAAACCCUGCAGAACUACAACCUCCUCCUCCCCUGGUUCUUCUUCUUCUUCUGCUACUUCCUCUGUUCCUGCUCUGAAACAGGACAGUGGUGGGGGCAGCUGCGACCAGAGCCCACGGCGGCUCACCCGGCAGAGGAAGCUCCGCCACCUCAACAGCCAGGACCUGGGUUCUACCCUCCCUGAAAAAUCUUACUCCUCGCCUACUUCUCCGGAAUAUUCAACCCAGAAGUCAAGAUCGCCGGGUUGCAGGUCCAAGUCAAACCACUGGUCUUCUGCGCCUGCUGCUCCGCAGCCCUUGCCGCUCCCUGAAUCGCACGUGACCCGGAAACCCGAAUUUGCUAAAGAUGGGUACUUUGGCUGCAGGAAGAUCAAAAGUCACACAACCUCAGGAUCUGCAGCGCCGAGUUCUUAUUCGAGUCAAGUUGCCACAACCUCGGGAGGAUCAGCAGCACCAGCGAGUGCCUAUUCGAACAAUCGUCGAGGGGCACUCUCCCAAGAUGCUAACAGUGGUGGUGGUUUCUUUAACAACUUUGGUCUGAAUAUUCUUUCUAGGAAAGCUCUGGUGAAUGGUGUAUCAAGCCAUCCUUUUAGCCCCCAAAGAUCGAAAACGGUCGAUAGUUAUCCUAUACUUGUUGCCCCCACUUCACCAGUUAAUUGUUCAAGCAACUGCCAUAGGGGAACGCCGCACGAAUAUGAAGCUUGCAACACCAGCAGGAGUGCUCCAACAAGUCCCUUUUCAAGUCCUGCAGUUAGUCCCAGGAGAUCAAAUCCCACGGCGGAUUUUUUUUCUUCUUUUGGGGAUCCCCACGAACAAAAUCAGGACGCCUUUCCUCCAAGAUUAUCACCAAAUAGACCUGCUCAUAGCCCCAGCCAUUCUCCCACAUCUCGAAGUCCACGCUUCAACCAGAAAAUUUCAAAUGGAAAUGCAUUUCCUUUGCAUUCUUUAGAGAGGACUGAAAGUAUUAGCCAAGUCAGUGCCCACCCUUUGCCUCUGCCGCCUCCACCACAGCAGUCUGUCAUGCAGUACAAUGCAGAAGCUCUAUCCACAUCAUCAAUGAAAGGUCAAUGGCAGAAGGGAAAACUUAUUGGGCGCGGCACCUUUGGUAGUGUUUAUCUCGCAACCAAUCGUGAAACCGGGGCCUUAUGUGCAAUGAAGGAAGUUGAUGUCAUUCCUGAUGAUCCUAAAGCUGCUGAAUGUAUAAGGCAAUUGGAGCAGGAAAUCAAAGUCCUCCGCACUCUAAAGCAUCCAAAUAUUGUGCAGUAUUAUGGUAGUGAGAUGACUGAUGAUCACUUCUACAUAUAUUUGGAAUAUGUUCAUCCUGGAUCAAUUAAUAAAUAUGUCCAAGACCAUAUUGGAGUUAUGACAGAAUCUGUAGUUCGCAAUUUUACUCGCCAUAUCCUCUCUGGGUUGGCUUUUUUGCACAGCAUGAAGACAGUUCACAGGGAUAUAAAGGGUGCAAAUUUGCUUGUUGAUGCAUCAGGCGUUGUUAAACUUGCCGAUUUUGGGAUGGCAAAACUUCUCAAUGGGCAGUCGUACAAUCUUUCUUUGAAGGGCAGUCCAUACUGGAUGGCUCCUGAGGUCAUAAGGGCUGCAAUGCAGAACAAUGCUGAUCCUGAUCUUGCUUUGGCUGUCGAUAUAUGGAGCUUGGGUUGUACCGUCAUUGAGAUGUUCAAUGGAAAACCUCCGUGGAGUGACUUUACAGGACCUCAGGCUAUGUUUAAGGUUCUAAACACCAUCCCGGAUAUACCAGAAGCAUUGUCUGCAGAGGGAAAGGACUUCCUCCAAUGGUGCUUCCGUAGGAACCCUAUGGAGAGACUAUCAGCUAGUGACCUACUUGAGCAUCCGUUUGUAAGAAAUUCACCCGUCAGACCUUUUCAAUCGUAAACCUAAUAGAUAAAUUGCAUAUAUCGAUCUCUCCACACACUUCUAAUUGAGAGGUGGCUUUGCAUCAUUCUUCAUCCUUGUCCCGAAUUGCAUCCCUAGUUCACAGUCUCCAGCCAUAAGCGUUUAAAGGAACCAUGGAGCGGAAGUCCCAAAACCUCUGAAAUCGGAAGAUAUGGAACCAAAUUUUAUCUCACGUUCCAUUUGGAAGAAGCCCUUUUCUUCGGGAAUGCCAAUGCGCAGCUCCAGCGGAGAUUUUCCAUUGCUUGGUGUGCCUCCGAUGAAGUUGCAUAAGCUUCACCGGUGAAUCAACUGAGCGGGAUGUGGAAGCUGGUGUCGAGUUGAGGACUUGGAGCUAACACGGCGGGUUCAUAGUCGGGGAGAGGAUCGAUUUUUCCGCGGAGUUAAGAUUAUUAGUAGGGAAUCCAGAUAGAGACUUUAUACUCACUCCCUUAGAACAGGUGAUGGGAGCUGGUCAUCAUUAAUUUGUAAAUACCAAUUUCUGUGGAUUCUCCAAAUAGGAACUUUGAAACUUUAUUUCCCAUGUUUGUGCAAAAUGUUUGUGUAAAAUGUCAAAAGAUAUUAUCUAAUUUGUAUUUGGUGGCUGAGUUUUCGUUCCCCAAUGAAGAUGUUAGUUUUUUAA